GACAAGGUUCCUCACGCUGAGGACAAGGUUCCCCCCGCUGAGGACAAGGUUCUUCACGCUGAGGACAAGGUUCCUCACGCUGAGGACAAGGUUCUUCACGCUGAGGACAAGGUUCCUCACGCUGAGGACAAGGUUCCUCACGCUGAGGACAAGGUUGCUCAAGCUGAAGACAAGGUUCCUCACGCUGAGGACAACGUUCCUCACGCUGAGAACAAAGUUCUUCACGCUGAGCAUAAGGUUCCUCACGCUGACGUCAAGGUUCCUCACGCUGAGGACAAGGUUCCUCACGCUGAGGACAAG